AGAAAUGCCGCGCCUCUAUCUAGGAAAAAUUCCAUACAAUGCACGCGAACGCGACGUUGAGCGAUUCUUAAAAGGAUAUGGCAAAAUUAAUAACAUCUCAAUGAAGUAUGGAUUUGCCUUUGUCGAUUUUGAAGAUUCUCGUGAUGCUGAAGACGCAUGCCAUGAUUUGGAUGGAAAAACCAUGGAAGGAAGCUCUAUGCGCCUUGUCGUGGAAAUGGCUCGCGGAAAACCACGCGGCAAUGACCGUCAUGGAUCGAGAUCACCACGACGACGUUCCCGCUCUCCUAGACGUCGUUCACGUACUCCACCAAGAAGACGUUCCCGCUCUCGUGAUCGCAAACGUUCUCGCAGAUCCCGUUCCAGAAGCUCCUCCAGAUCCAGAUCACCAGUUCGUGAAAGUCGUCGCAGAAGCGAAUCCCGUUCGCCGAGCCCGAAAAGAGACUUCCACAGUUCAAUGAGAAAUCAAUAUCACCUACAAGCCCACAUCGCAAUGGCAUACACAUAGCUGAGACAGUUCGAGCACAGUAUGGGUCAACUAUCAAUACAUUUCAAUUCACUUCUCGUUCAGUCCCCACAGUUACCAAAAGCCGCUGUUUCGAUUAAAAGAGAAGCGUGAAGCGUCGAGAUCUCGUUCACCACUGCCAGCAAAAGAUCGAAGCAGAACCCGAAGUGGAUCUCCCCCAAAGAACGGCGGAGAUAGAAAGCGCAGCGUGAGCCGUGGAAGAAGUCACAGCCGAGAUGGCAGCAAUCGCAGUGUGUCUCGCUCUCCGUCUCCAGGAUCUCCAAAGGAUUAAAAUUGUGUUUUUAUACCGUUUACUGUUGUUCAUUUACCACUUCUAUUUUAUAAUAUUUGUUCAUCCUCAGAGCUGUUCUGAUUUUAAUAAUUCCCGAAUAAAACCGAGCGGAGACUUCCUUC